CUUAGCUGGUGACGCGCCGCUGCUGUUAAUCAUUCACCAGCCGGGGAGCAGCAAUUGCCGCCGCUCGGAGCGACGGCGCUGGCAGCCGCCUCUCUCCCGAUGCCCGCGUCCCGCGGCCGCCGCGCCGGCAUCCCUGGCGGGAUGAUGCCCAGCGCAGCCGGCGGCGGACGCCUGCUGCUCUGAGCGGGGCCGGGGGGGUCCGGGCAGAGGAUGCUCCCCAAUGGCACCUGCCCCAGGCUUCCGGGCGGUGCAGGCAGCGACAGCGGCGGCAGCGACAGCGGCGGCAGCGACAGUGGUGGCGGCGGAGCGGGUGGCGCCUCGGAGGAGGCGGCGGCAGAGGGCAUGGACUCGGGCGGCAGGAAUUCCUCUGGCGCUCCGAACAGCACCCUGAGUGAGUCUCAGGGCAGCGCCAUCCUCAUCUCAUUCAUCUACUCCGUGGUGUGCCUGGUGGGGCUGUGCGGGAACUCCAUGGUCAUCUACGUGAUCCUACGUUAUGCCAAGAUGAAGACAGCCACCAACAUCUACAUCCUCAACUUGGCCAUCGCGGAUGAGCUGCUGAUGCUUAGCGUCCCCUUUCUGGUUACCUCCACCCUGCUGCACCAUUGGCCCUUUGGCUCCCUGCUCUGCCGCCUGGUGCUCAGUGUGGAUGCCAUCAACAUGUUCACCAGCAUCUACUGCCUGACUGUGCUCAGCGUGGACCGCUACAUCGCUGUGGUGCACCCAAUCAAGGCGGCCAGGUACCGCCGCCCCACUGUGGCUAAGAUGGUCAAUCUGGGUGUCUGGGUGCUCUCCAUCCUCAUCAUCCUGCCCAUCAUCAUCUUCUCCAACACAGCAGCCAACAGUGAUGGAACAGUGGCUUGUAACAUGCUCAUGCCAGAGCCCACCCAGAGAUGGCUGGUGGUCUUUGUGGUCUACACCUUUCUGAUGGGCUUCUUGCUGCCUGUGGUGGCCAUCUGCCUCUGCUACAUCCUCAUCAUUGCUAAGAUGCGCAUGGUGGCCCUGAAGGCUGGCUGGCAGCAGCGCAAACGCUCAGAGCGCAAGAUCACCCUCAUGGUCAUGAUGGUGGUGAUGGUCUUUGUCAUCUGCUGGAUGCCCUUCUACAUUGUGCAGCUGGUCAAUGUCUUUGUAGAGCAGGAUGAUGCCACCAUCAGCCAGCUCUCUGUCAUCUUGGGCUAUGCCAACAGCUGUGCCAACCCUAUCCUCUAUGGUUUUCUCUCAGACAAUUUCAAGCGGUCCUUCCAGCGGCUGCUCUGCCUCAGCUGGAUGGACAAUGCUGCAGAGGAACCCAUCGACUACUAUGCCACUGCCCUCAAGAGCAGAGCAUACAGCGUGGAGGACUUUCCCCCAGACAACCUGGAGUCAGGGAGCGUGUACAGGAAUGGCACUUGCACCUCCAGGAUUACCACCCUCUGAGGAAGCAUUCCUGUCCUCCAGCUCCCUUACUGCCCCCCAGCUGGAGGGUGAGCGAAGCCAGGGCUGUGGCAUGGGGAGGCUGGGAGGGAGGGGAUUUUGGUCCUGCCCACUGCCACCAGUGUUUGGCACAAGAAAGAGCAAAGAAAACCCUGUAUCCUUGAUUUGCUGCCCCCCUGCACCCUGGUUGCCCCCCUUGAGAAUAGGUGUAUUAUCUGAUGCUUUGACAUCCACUUAAUGAGUUGUGGAUCUCAUGGGUUAGCUUAGGGUCUGGUAGCCUGGCUCUGCCACUCUCUGUGUCUGACAAGUGGCUGUAAAGGUCCUGCAGAGACUCUCUGUCCGUCUUUUGUACAGUUUGCCCUUCCCCUUGGCUGGUGGAACACCCCAGGCCACUGAGUCGAGCCUGCCUCAGUCGAGCCCCAGCAUUCAGGCUCAGACUCCCCACAGCUGAAAAUGACCCCAUACAACAUCUGUCAGUACACACACCCCCUUCAGAGAUUAGAAAUGCUGGAAAAAUUCCCCCCAACACAUACCUUGCCCUCCCCCAGGAAGGAAUGAGUAGCCUCUCUCUGUGCCUACCAUUCCCUCCCCCCAGAAUAAAAUAGAAAGCAGGGAGCAAAAAGUCCUCGAGAAAGAUAUUUUUUUGCUUUGCAGACAGCUUCCAUCUCACUGGGACUUUGACUCUCUGUGCUACUUGGCAGAAGCAGAUCAGAAAAGAUCUUAGGAAAAAAAUGUGAUUAUUGCUGUGGUUUGGAGCUGUGCGGCAGGUUGCUCAUGACAGGAGAUAAGCAGUCCCGUGACACAUAAGGAGCAGAGAGCUGGGACUCACUGAGAUGGCAGCUGGGAGGGACUGCUGAGUUGGGAAAUGCUUGAAUCUGUCCACACACACAAUAAAGUGUGCUGAUAAUAAAGUUUAAAGGGAGCACUAGACUGUGAAUCUGCUCUCGAGUCUGCUCCAUCAGCUGUGAAACAGAAAUGAAGGGAGCUGAGACAGUUUUUGAAUGACUUGGAUGAUGGUAAAGCCACUUUAGUCUAUAUGGAAAAAGGGGGAGUCAUUUAAAAAUCUCCACCAGUCUCUGAAACGAAUACUUGACAGAAAAAGUAGCUGUUCAGUAAUAGCUAUUACCCUAGCUCCAGUUUCUUCUGUUGCACUAAAAAAUCCCAACAAAAUGGGUUUCAUAUGUUGCCAAUAUAAUAUGCUGACCCAGAGCUUCUUAAUGUUUCAUCUCUGAGAAUUCUUGUUUUCAAUGUGUGCCAGAUGUCUUCUUGUUAGAUUUUUAUUUGAUCCUUGUCACUGUGUUGUGAACGUGUUUUUCUGAAGCAAUUUUUACUGUGUACUUAUGGCUGUGGUGGCUACUUGCAAGGUUGCAUUUAAAAUGGGUGAUGCUCAAGAAGGAUUCUUUCCAGAUAAAAACAUUGUCAUUUUUUCUAACUCUUUCAUUUACAUUGUCUCCCCUACAGAAAUUCUCUCUUGAAUUUUAUCUCUUCUCCUCUUAUGACAAAACAAAUUUCAUAUAGACAGAUGAAGCUUUCUUUGAUAAAUGACAGCCAAUUAAAUGAAACCUCCUCUCCCUACUCCGUUUUACCCCACACAGAAGCAUCGGUACAGACUGUGUUGAAAUUAGCAAUGUUUUUUGCUUUCUAUCACCUAUGCUAACAGUGUCACACAGUGGCAAGUGUCCCAGUAGCUGUGACAAAUCAAUUCUCUAGCACAAUACUGUGGUUGUAUCAAUUAUAACUAAUGGCAAUAUGAAGCAAGAGACUGGAAAAAUCUCUAGUAGCAGCAUACCCAUAGCAUUGUACUCGUAGCUGCAGUGCUUAAGUACAGUGUAAAGUGUAAGGCUGACAGUUAAGGUAUCUAGUAUUUGUAGUGGUGGAUUUACUACAGGUUUUUGUUAAAUUAUACCCUUUAACUUUUCUUGGCAGCAAAAAGCAGGAUGUACAUUUCUUUCACCAAAACUUAGGUACUGUUAAAUGAAUGUAUAAAUCUAGUAUUUCAAAGUUGUCUGAUUCAAAGUCCAUCAAAAUGAGAGAAAAAAAUCUUAACUCACUUCAAUGGACUGUGAGUCAGCUCUUUUAAGUCUAAAAAUUGCUAAUGUGGAAACUGUUACAUCCUUAUUAAAAUAUUUCAUUAAAAGCUUUAACAAUUGUACAGUUUCUUUUCUUUUACUUCCUAAUGGGCAUGAUUUUAAGAAAAUUUUCAAAUAUUAAAUUUUGUAAUAUUUUACAUGUACAUAUGGGGAAAUGAGGAUGAAAUUGCUUUAUAAGCUCAAUUAAAUUUUCACAGAAUCAAAUGUCUGUCAAAACAGUAAAAUGCCCCAUAAUAUCCAUGAUGCUAUUUCCAGGGCUUCACUUGACUUCUCACUCACAAUAUCUUCAAGAUGGCAUAAAUUUCAUAAUAUUAUGUGGUCCUUUUCACCCAGGCAUACUUAUCUAUGGUCAGAUUACACAGAGAGUCAGUCUACUUUUUACUGUUGAAUUUGUUUAAUAUCAGACACGAUGAAGCAAGAGUGAAAAAGCAUAGAGAUUCAUACUGCAUACUCAGCUUUGAUUAAAAGUUGAAUUGGGUUUUGUUCUUUCAUUUUUUUUUUUUUUUUUCUCAUUGCCUGCACUCCUACCAGCAUAUGCACUUUAAUUUCAGUUCCCCCAGGCACAUGGCAGAGCUUGGGCUGGGCCUUCGGUAGAUGGCAGGCUUGCCUUCAGAUGGAUGGACUGAUUCACCCCCAGCCAGUACUGCCCCUAUGAUUCCUGGCUCUGUGUGGUUUCAGCUGGAAACAAAAUCUGUUUAUCCCAAACUAACAGUCGCUCCUGCUAUUUUUCACUCUGGGAGAGGUGAUCAACCUCUCAACACAGCAGUAAAUCAUUCAAUUUAUCUAGAAAGGAAGUUAGUUAGUUCAUUCUGUGUUACUAUUCUAAAUAGUAGAACAUAACCACUGGAAAGACAAAAAGUUGUUCUCAUGAAAUCAUAUGUACCAGAAAAUAAACAGAACUCUUUUUAAUCCUUUCCAAAAAGUAUUCAGAUUUCAUAUGGAAAUUAUUUUAACUAAUGCUUAAUUUAUUGGAAAAAAUAGGACAGUGAUUUAUUUCUUGGUGAUUUUUUGACCUUUUUAUACAGCUACAAGUGGGUGAAUUGUAAUUUGUAACCAGCAGAAAUAUUUUUGCUAUUUCCCCAUGAGUUUUGGUUUAUAUUCUAAAAAUACUGCAUUCACUUUGUCAUGGAAAUUGACAUUGUGGCCCCUGAAAUGCAGGCAAUCUUUGCACUUUGUUUAGCCUGAGACCUAUACCCAGCAGUGGGACAGCACCAAGCAGUAUCCAGUCAAUGGACUGGACUGUUUCCUGUGGCAUGUAUUCCAGAGAACAGUCCUCACGUGGAACUCACAUCAGCUGGGCAGCACACAUCAGCUGCAGCAUUUUGCCACUCAAAGAAAGGUGCACAGGAAAUCACUUUCCUUUCUCACCAGGCUUCCCAGGGCAGUAGCAAAGGCAACACGUCUCAGAAUCCUGAGGCUGGCUGCUACCUGCAGUGAGUGGACUUGAGGAAAACUGGUCACAGAGGCACUUUACAUCUGGACAGUGGAUGACAAAGGUGAGGGUUGCAUGCAGCUAUGCAUGCCUCUUUCGAUGGUCCCUACAGCAGAGAACAUUAGACAGAGGAUGGUUUCUUUGCAUUCGACUCUUAAAGAACCCAUUUGAUAUUUUCACAGAGAAUGAGAAUCAGUUUUCUGAAUGUAAUGUAAGAAUUUCUAAAAUGCCAGCUUUCCAGUUAAUCAGAGUUUUAAAACAGGCUUUCUGAUUGUUUCUGGAAAUCUAAAAAUCUGCAUUUCUAAUGUUUAUGGCAUCUCUAUUAACACUGACUAUUUGCUGUAUUUUAACCUGUUACCAAAAUCAGAAUACUAAUUCUAAAUAUGAAACUAAGUCUUACUGAAAUAAAAUAACCCAGUGAUGUCAUACAUUCAUGUUAUAUAAGGUUUGACUUUGCUGUAUUUCUAGAAUAGUGACAAUUUAUUGUCUUAUAAUCCUGAUUAAAAAAAGAUUAAAGAAAAAUAAUAAAAAAAAAAAAAAGAAAUUACCCAAGAAAAAAAUAUCAAUCCAGUGUUCUAAAUUCUGUAAUUUUAGUCCCUAGGAACCUUACUUGACACCAGGGCUCUACAGACAAAAAUGUGAAUUAUGAAUCUCUUCUAGAGAAUAAAAUAUUUCUACUGAAUUGUGUAUUUAGCACUUAAAUCCUCUUCAAUAGAGCCUUAUUUGGCUGAUAACUUCAGGCUAAGCCACAGGAAGAAAGGAUGGUUUACUAAUUAGAUUUCUCUUUCAGAAAAAUGCUUUUAGAUAUUACAUUUUGUGGAGAGAAAUGGCCAAGAAAAAUAGAUGAACCUGAGAGUAUUUCAAAGUAUAUCAUUACAUGGCUACAAACCAAGCAAAAUUUUGACAAGACAGAUGCUUUUCAAUAAAAGCUAAGUAUGCCCACUCCCUUCCAACUUUGUUUCUCCAAAAGCCUAAAAUCUGGAUUUGGCAGAGCAAUAAGCAGCUAUGAAGCAGAGAUAGCAAGGUGUUGUAUCCUGCCCGAGGUAUAUAGGUUUUUGUAUCCAGUCUGAAUGGAAUACAUUUGUCAUUACAUGAUUAUCAUGUCUAUGAUGGAUAGAGUCACCUUGGAAACUAUAUAAAUAUACAGAAAAUUCCUUCUAUCCUCCAUUCCAACCCCUCCCCCACCAAAUGCCUUUUCUAUACAGGUUCUUACACUGUGUAAUAUGCCUAAGGGUUCUUGAGCUUCCUAAUUAGAAAGGCUCAAAUAAAAGUGCCCAAAUUCACAGCAUAGGGAAGUUGUAGGACAGCUAACAAUUAACAGAUUUUUAACUUGGGGUUUGAAUUGUGUUGCAUUUAUGACCUGGAACAGGAUUGUAUGGUCUCCACUUACCUUGUUGGUGAUGGUGCUGUUGUCAGUGCACGUGUGGGCCCUACCAGCCCAGGGGGAGGUUCAGGAGGGUGCUGGACUGCGCUGCACUUCAGAAAGUGAGCAAUGCCAGGUGGCACCAGUGCUGCUGCCACGGGCCGAGUAUGGCACAAGCUCCACUCAGGCACACAGAACUUGCCUGUGCUCAGAUUCACAAUGGAAAGCCCAAGGGAUUGCUGGUCAACUGGAGUGGUCCAAAACAUGGCAAAGCUGGAUAUUUGCAGGAGAAUGGAUAUAAAAGAAGGCCAGACUGGUGGAUACUUGAUAUUGAGCAGACUGAGAGAGAAGAAAUGUGAUAUGGAGAAAAAUCAAGUAUGUGAUGGCAGGAGAGGCCAUUUUGUUAAGAACAGAGGAAAAGAAGUAGAGUCCAGUACAGGCAUUGCAAAGCAGGAAUUUGGCUCUUUCACAUAAUUAACUUUCACUGUUUAGAGUACAGGAAAUACAUAAACUCCCAACCCAGCAAAAAAUAUUAAGUGGUGCUUUUUAUGUCAGCUGCUGUUUUCCAAGCUGGUUGUUAUUUUUGAAGUUUAGAAAGUAGCUAGGCAUUUUUUCUAAGAACUACAUGACAAUUUAGAUACUUCAUGGAAUUACCAGAAACUCAGGAAAAACAAGACAGAAACAGAUAGAUAAAGGAUUUUUCUGAAUGCUUAUUUAUUUUGGAUUUUUUUUCAGAUGCUUUGAAUUUCACAGAUUUUUUUUUUUCUUUAUCAUUAAAAUAGAGGAAAAGAUCUAAUAAGUUUUUACUUAACACAAACCAAGAAGAAACUCAUAUUGGCAAGACAGAAAUUGAAUACAGAGGAAUUUUCACUGUUCUUUCACUGUCAUAAAGUAAAAUUUACAGAACUUCUUACUUGAGCAGAAUCUUCAGUACAAUGACUGGGAAAAAUCCUUUCCCUUAGAGAAAGAUAUACUUGUAAGAAUGAAAGUAAUGUAACACAUUCCUCUGCACAGACAUUACAGACUUUGAUCACUUAUAAUCUCACUCAAGCUAUCUGUACUUUUGAUCUUAUGCUAUGUUUCAGAGAACAGUGUAAAUCAUUCUUAUCAGCCAAAAACACAAGGCCUGCUGGUUACAUUCCAAAUACAAAACCAUGCUUUUCUGACAGGUUAUAGCCCAUGUGCUGUUCCUGGCUUAAUGACUGAAAAUAUUUAUUUGUUUGCAAACCACCACAUUUUGAGUAACAUAUGCAGCAAGAAAAUGGUUAGGACAGAUACAUCCUGGUAGAGAUGGACGCUUGCCUGUCUUUCUCAUUUUUCCCUCCUCAGCUCAUCCUCUCUGUGAACCUGCAGUUUUCUUUCUCUUAUAUUACCCAUAAAAUACAAAAGAAUGGUUGUUUUCCCAUUUUUCUGACUCAGAAUACAAAAGGACUGGCAGGUGGAAGGAGGGGAAGGACACGACAAAUGCAGGACCACCACCAUACCUCUGCAUUCUCAAGUUCCACUGCCACUUCCACUCCACCUGGAGUGCUGUGCUCUCCUCUGCAGCUCCCAACAUAAGAAGGAUGUGGACAUGCUGGAGCCCAGAAGAGGCCACCCAGAUGAUCAGAGGGUUAGAACACAUCUACAAAGACAGGCUGAAAGAGUUGAGGUUGCUCAGCCUGGAAGAUAGAAGGCUUCCAGUACCUACAAACAACCUUCCAGUACCUACAAGAAAGUUGAAGAACAUCUUCCUAGGGCUUGUGGUGACAGGCCAAAGGGGAGUGGCUUCAAACAAAGAGGAUAGGCAUGGAUUAGGUAUGAGGAAGAAAUUCUUUGCUGUGAGAGUGGUUAGACACUGGACUAGUUUGCUCAGCAAAGUUGUGAAUGCCUCAUCCCUUGAAGUGUUCAAGGCCAGACUGGAUGGGGCUCUCAGCAACCUGGUCUAGGGCAAGGAGUCCCUGCACACAGCAGGGGUGUGGAACAAGAUGAUCUUUAAGGUCCCUUCCAUCCCAAACCAUUCUAUGAUUCUGUGAUUCUAGCUAAAAAUACAGAAAAGGGAAAAUAUUUGCAUGCUAACAGAUGAUUCCCUUUACACAUCUACUUUCAAGUCUUCCAGUCCCAGACUACAAGCCCAGAAGAGAAAGACAAGGCUGCAUACUGGGGGAAGAAUAAAAUAUAUUAAGUUUAAUGUUUUGAAGCCCUGGGAAUGUAGUUACUGCUGCUGCUGCCCUCUGUGUUUGCCUUUUGAGUCAAUUAUAUAUCUUUAGUGAAAUAUAUGAAUUGCCACACUACAGCCUUGGUAAGUGUCCACAUACUGAAAAAAUAAAAAAUAGUAAUUCUAGAAGGAACUACAUUGCAUCUACCAGUGAUUGGCCUCUAUGUAAUAAUGAAGAAAGAUAACUGGGAUUUAAAACAUGAAAAAAAUUAACUGAUAGGAAGUUUCUAGGGGAAGCACAGAAUCCAUUACAUUUUUUAAUAUUCUUUAAGCUAUAUGAUACACUUAUACAAGGAGAAAUGUUGUCAGAAGUACUAGAAUUUUUCCCAUGUCCACUUAUAGUUUUUGUUUCAAUCCCACAGAACACCUAAUUAAGCCCUCAGUAACAUAAAUCAUUAUUUUUAAAAAAAUGUGGUAAUUAAAAUUUUAUUUCUGGCUAUUUUAUUAAACUAACCAUUAAAAAUUCAUCACUUGUUCAUAAAUAGAAUGUGCAGCUGACAAAUGAUAUGCCUAUGUCCUGAAGACAGCCUACCGGUCAAAAUAUCUUUGUAUGAAUUAAGGAAAUAUAAAAUUGGAAACAUGGGACAGUUUUUUGAUAACUGUGAUAGAAAAGAAAACUGUGAUGGACAUUCCUAUUCUUUUCAGGAAUCACCAUUUUCAAGUGUAGACUAACAGUUUCUUGCUAUCACCAUUUCAUUACAAAUGUAAGCAAUGUAAAACUCACAGAUACAAAGUUCAUAUGUGAUUUAUAUGGCUUUAAUAUGGGAUGAAAUAAUAUUUUUUCCUAUGCUGGAAAAACAGCUGGAAUAUAAUAUGCUCAUAUAAUGUUUAUUCAACGGACAUGCACACAAUGUGAGAGAAAAGAUUUGUCUCUAUCCUUGCCAUGUUUUGGAAAAAUACUUGACUGUGUUUUCUUAUGUGGUGUUACAUAAUAAUUUUUAUAACAAUGGCAUCCAUUUUCAUAACCAGACACUUUUAUUAUCUCAGUACUUGUUAUGAUUAUCUGUACUCAUUAUGUAUGACUUUACUUAUUCUCCUUCUAUGGAUGUAAAGAGCAAACCCUGCUUACCACAUGCUCUGAGUUUGCCUUGCAGACCAGCGAAUCAUGGUUGUGAUAUAAACCAAUGGUUGAAUGAC